AUGGACAGGGGACGGCUGGAGAAUCACAGACUUCACAGGACACGGCUGGUGUAUGAUAGACUGGACGGGGGACAGCUGGUGUAUCACAGUCCGGACAAGGCACGGCCGCAGAAUCACAGACAGGACAGGACACAGCUGGAGAAUCGUAGCGAGGACAGGGGACGGCUGGAGAAUCACAGACUGGAGAGGAGACGGCUGGUGUAUCAGAGACUGGACAGGAGACGGCUGGAGUAUCCGAAACUGGACAGGAGACGGUGGAGUGUCAGCUUUUCCUUCUUCUGGAAGAACCUCGAUAAACAAUCCGGCGUCAGCAUGCCAUCCGGCGGUAAGCUGAUGUCAAACCGGUUCUCGGUCUACGCCAGCGACAACAAUGGCUUCGUCGAAUUCUACACCCGCAAAACCUCGCACUCGUGGAAAGCGUCAAUAAGCCCACCAGGCCCUGAAUGGACGCACAUUCUCUUCACCUGGAGCCCGGUGGGUGGUCUCAAGGUUUACGUCAAUGGCACGUUCAGCACCAACGACACCUACGGCAAGGAGACAGCGGACAGCGGCAACCAGUACAACAACCUGGUGACAAGCACUCAGAGGACGCACUCCUACAGCCACUACGUGACCGGCUCUUUCGACGAGUUUGUCAUUUGGGAGCGGGCUCUCUCCCCGCUGGAGAUUCAGCUGUACUUUAAUGCGACUAUAGGUAUGCCUGUUUGUAACCCAGGAAAUGGCCCCUCUCUGUCCUUGGGAGAUCUGAGUGCCAGCGAUUCCACAAUGGAAAAUCCGACCGCCUCAAACACAAAUUACUUAGGCACGGCCAAGCCGAAAGAGGAAGACAAGAGAUUCACUGCUGGCUUUCUCAGCCUCCCUUUUGUCUUUCCAAAUGGGACGCUACAACAACAAACUGCUUCCAACCUGACAGAGCAAUACCUGCAGACGGUGGGGGAAAUCCUGGACACGCUUAGCCUGACUGAGUCAGUGGAGGCUGCCGCCGAGGUGAAUGUGUUAAUCAAGAUGGUGGACAACGUGUUGGAUCACGUGGUGACCUCCAUGGAAGGGGAUCCGAACUUGCCAGUCAGGAUUGAAGGGACCUCGCCAGUGGCUGACUACUUGUUGGUGAAGGUUGCAGAUGGUUCCAUCCUUUCCAGCUACCGUUUCCCCUUGCAAGGACUCAGCUACAUCUUCAUCCCCGGAGAGGCUUUUCACAGUAAGAAACAAGUCUUGAUGGUGGGUUUGUUCUACCACAGCAUGCACCAAUUCUACAGGCAGAUCAAUCCUCUAAAGACCAAGAUCAGUGAAGCCGCCAUCUACAAAGACCACCCAGUUGUGGUGACCAGUCACAUCAUCUCGCUGAAGAUCGAACCCCCUCCCUCACUCUCCCACAAUCUGUCAGGCUCGCCGCUCACCACCAUCAGUCUGACCCACAUCCUGAAUCCAGCACAGCACAGAGGUGUGCAGAACGAGAGCAGCCUGACGCAUUUCUGGUGCGCCUUCCUCGACUUCAGUUCCGGGACGGGUGUCUGGUCCAACGAGGGGUGCAUCCGGAUCGGAGGGAACGCCUCCCACUCCGUCUGCCUCUGUAAUCACCUCACCAACUUCGCCAUCCUCAUGCAAGUGGUGCCCCUGGAGUUGGAGCAUGGACACCAGGUGGCACUCUCUGCCAUCACCUAUGUGGGCUGCUCCCUCUCCAUCGUGUGUCUCACCAUCACCCUUGUCACCUUUGCUGUCCUCUCGUCGGUGAGCACCAUCCGGACCCAGCGCUAUCACAUCCAUGCCAACCUCUCCUUCAGCAUCCUAGCGGCGCAGCUCCUGCUGCUUGUCAGCUUCCGCUUUGCCCCGGACACGUACCCGUGCAAGGUCCUGGCCAUCCUCCUCCAUUUCUUCUUCCUGAGUGCCUUCUCCUGGAUGUUAGUUGAGGGCCUUCACCUCUACAACAUGGUCAUCAAAGUCUUUGGCUCAGAGGAGAGCAAGCACUUCUACUACUAUGGCAUCGGCUGGGGCUCCCCCUUGGUGAUCUGCGUUGUGUCCGUUACCUCUGCUUUCGACAGCUAUGGCAAAGUGGACAACUGCUGGUUGUCGGUCGAGAGAGGAGCUAUCUGGGCAUUUGUCGCACCUGCUCUCUUCGUUGUUCUGGUGAAUAUCGGCAUUCUCAUCGCCGUGACACGGAUUAUAUCAAGGAUCAGUAAGGACAACUACAAGAUUCACGGAGAUGCAACUGCGUCCAAGUUGACUGUAAAGGCCGUGGCGGUGUUACUGCCGAUCCUGGGGAUAUCCUGGGCAUGUGGUGUGCUGGCCAUCAACAACUACGCCAUCGUCUUCCAGUACAUGUUCGCAUUUUUCAAUUCCUUGCAGGGAUUCUUCAUCUUCCUGUUCCAUUGUAUUCUGAACUCUGAGGUCAGAGCUGCUCUGAAGCACAAAACGAAGGUCUGGUCUCUCAACAGCAGCUCCAUGCGCAACAUCAACAUAAAACCGUUCCACUCGGACAUUAUGAACGGAAACCGAGCUGUCACCAGCCCCACCAAGGUGAACACCUGGGAGAAGAGCACAGAGGUUGGGCAUCGCGUGGAACUGUCCACGGUGUGAGUCCCACCACAUUGCCUCCAGCGCCGACGCCCACCCACCCGUCCCGCCCAACAUCCCCAGGCAGACACACGGACCAGCGCAGCCGACUCAGCGUCGUCCAUCACGAAAUUCCGUCGUUUGCGUCAACAACCAAACACAACUGAAGACAUUCCUCUGGGUCCGGGAAGGAGAGGUGGGCGUGAGGUAUCUGAUAGCCCCGUGGCCAGUGUUUGUCUGAGCCCAGAUGAACCGAGCUCUGGGAGGUGUCCUGUGCUUCCUCUUAAGCUCAUCAGCCCUGCUGGGGCUUAGGCCACCAACAGCAGUUCGUCAGAGUCCUCCGUCCCGGGCCGGUCUUCCAACGUGCAGCCCAUCUUCCUCUCUUCCAGGGAUGAGUUCUUUGUUGGCUCUGGGUUUUUAUGGGAUGGCGUUGCUACCCUAAGCCCAAACUUCCUCCUUUCGCAGCCAGGCUGGGGACUGUCCAUGGCGACGUUGGAGAUCUGUGCCCCUGCCUGUAUAUAACACAACCCUGUCCUCUCUCGGGGCCGCUGCUGAGGGGACUGUUUGAUGUGCUCUCACAUCUGUCUGACCAGCACAAAAUGUGCAGUGAUCGUAAGCUGAAGUCUUCGACUGUUUCUUCAGAUAAGGGAGUGGUGCGUGCGUGUGUGAGACACGUGUGUAUGCAUGUAUGUUGGUGGGACACGUGUUCCCUGUGGAUUUGUAUAUAGGGCUCUGCCAAGACACAAGUCAGUGACUGAAGAGUGUGCUUCUCUGUAUCUCUCCUCGUGUUUGUGUUAUGCGGUGAUUACGUUUUUACCGACACUCCCUGAAGCAGAAUCAGAAUUUUGGUGUAAUAUCACAGGCAUAUGUCAAGAAAUUUGUUGUUUUUCAGCGACAGUACAUUGCAAUACGUAACAAUAAAAAACUAUAAA